UGCAGGACUGUCGCGGAAUAAAGUUUGCCGAAAGGACGAAAGCGCAUGGCUCUGUUAUUCGGACGCGAUGUGAGCAAAACCUAGGGAACGCGCGCGAAAACUUCCCACCCACUCCACUCCACCCCCGAAAAUAAAUGUAUUGGUAGUGUGUACAGGUGGAAAACGCAGAAAGCCCAGAGUGGCGCAUACGAAUUGAAUAACUGUAAUUGCGACAGUGAAGUGAAGGCGUAGGUUGUGAGGCAGUGAAUUAACCACGCCCUAAAAAACGCCAAAAUGGAGCACCUGCGUCCGCUGAGCUACGAGGAGAUGUGCCAAAUGGAGAUGCUGCAGGCUGCCGGUGGACCAUCGGCCUCCUCUGGCCCACAGGCCAUGAUGCCCAUCAUGGUGAUACCCACGGCUCUGCUGCCGGCUCCCGCAGAGGGGGCGGUGGGCGGGGGCGUUCCGGGUGCGGCGAUGGUGGAGCACUUCUAUCAGCUGCAGCCCACGCACCACCUCCUGCCAGCCGACCCAGCAACAACAACCACAUUGGCGAGUCCCGGCGAAUUGGCGCUCCUGCAAGGCGAACAGAUUCCACACAGCAUCCAGCAUCCACAGCAAAUGAAUAUCCUGUGCACCGGGACGCUGGGACGCCAAAGGAUGCCGGCUUCUGCCGGCGGUCCAAAUCAAAUCCAAAUAUCAAUCCCAAUCCCUCGAUGGCGGCCACUUUGCCGCGUGGUUUCCAGCCUGCCGCCUUUGUUACGGACGUCGAGUCGGACUUUGAGGGCAGUGAGUGCGGAGCGGGCGGGAUGACCACCACCUGCAUGCCGCACUUCCGCUUCGGAGCCUGCGGCCUUCAGUCCCUGCACCACCCACAGCAGCAGCAGCAGC